AUGUCUCCAAAUCAGGUCGUCAUCGACGGCAAGGGACACCUACUCGGUCGCCUGGCUAGCACUGUCGCUAAGCAGCUGCUCAACGGCCAGAAGAUCGUCGUUGUGAGAUGUGAGGCCCUCAACAUCUCUGGCGAGUUCUUCCGCGCGAAGCUCAAGUACCACGCCUACCUCCGCAAGAUGACUCGUUUCAACCCCACUCGCGGUGGUCCCUUCCACUUCCGUGCCCCCUCCCGCAUCUUCUACAAGGCUGUCCGCGGCAUGAUUCCCCACAAGACCGCCCGUGGUGCCGCCGCCAUGGAGCGCCUCAAGGUCUUUGAGGGUGUCCCCCCUCCCUACGACAAGAAGAAGCGUGUUGUCGUUCCCCAGGCUCUCCGUAUUCUGCGUCUCCGCCCCGGCCGCAAGUACUGCACUGUUGGCCGUCUGAGCCACGAGGUUGGCUGGAAGUACCAGGAUGUUGUUUCUCGUCUCGAGGAGCGUCGGAAGGUUAAGAGCAAGGCUUACUACGAGCGCAAGAAGGCCGCUCGCCGUAACCUUGCCAAGGCAGAGCAGGGUGCUAAGGUUGACAGCAAGACCAAGACUCAGCUCGCGGAGUUCGGUUACUAA